AUGGGUCUCUACUACUCAUUGUUUGAGUUCUACAACCCAUUGUACUUGAACGAUGUCAACUCUGGUGUGCCACCAACAACCAACACCUAUGUCACCACUCACAUGAUGCCACAGCUGCUCGACCUGGUCAACACUUAUGAGCCCGAGGUCGUCUGGUCCGACGGAGACGAGGGCGAGAACUCCACCUACUGGCAGUCGACCGAGUUCCUGGCCUGGUUGUACAACGAGUCGCCCGUCAAGGACACCGUCGUCGUCAAUGAUCGUUGGGGACUGGACUGUGAUGGCAAGAAUGGAGGUUUCAUCACACCAUCCGAUCGUUUCAACCCAGGUUACCUCAUCAAGCGUAAGUGGGAGAACUGCUACACCAUUGGAACAUCAUGGGGCUACAACCAGAAUGAGCCACUCUCCGAGUACCAGAACAUCUCAUCACUCGUUCAAACUCUUGUCUCCACCGUCUCAUGUGGUGGUAACUUGUUGUUGAACGUUGGUCCAACCAGUGAUGGAGUGAUCCCAAUGAUCAUGCAAUUGAGAUUGAUGGAGAUUGGACAAUGGCUGGACAUCAAUGGUGAGGCCAUCUAUAAUACCACCUUCUGGAGAGUCCAGAACGACACGCUUGCUUCAGACCUGUGGUACACCACCAACUUGGAGUCAGGUGCCGUCUACGCCAUGUCCUACAACUGGGCCGACGGAAAUGGAGACUUACAUCUCGAGGCACCAAUCGCCAGCCAUGAGACCAAGAUCACACUCUUUGGCUAUGGAGGAGAGAUCAAGUUCACGCCAAGAGAGUUUGGCGCUGGAUUGACGCUCCACCUUCCAUUCCUUGCACCAGGCGAGUACCCUCCACAUGGUGUCUACACAUUUAAGAUGAUGAAUGUCAAGUAA